AUGCCAACUUCAACAUCUCACUGCAUACCGGCAUGGAAAGGACUGAAAAAGCUCUCUUCUGCUUCAGUUUUGAGAAUUUCUGAUUGUAAGAACCUUGUGCAACUGUCAUCUGAUAAAGCUAUACAACACCUCUCCAAUCCAGUUGAAUACCUUAAAGUUUUAGUCAUCCUUGAUGAAACCAAUGCUAUUCUUGCUUUGGCUUUCUCCCACGAGCUUCCUUGUUAUGGACUUGAAGUCGGUCUUACAAACUAUGCUGCAGCUUAUUGCACUGGAUUACUUUUGGGACACCGUGCUACCGGAGAGGAUUUCUCGGUUGAACCAACUGACACAAAGAGGCCUUUUCGAGCUGUCCUCGAUGUUGGACUGAUCAGGACAGCAACUGGAAACCAUGUUUUUGGUGCACUAAAGCCUUUCUACGAAAGCAUAGACAUUUCUCUUUCUUCACCGCCACUCACGGCCGCCGUCAGCGUUCUCAGCUCGGCUUCCCGGACCUCCUCUAUACUCAAGUCUUCAAAGUUUGCUCCGAAGGCAGACAUAAGCUAG